UUAUCGGGACAACGCAUUAAUGUUUAUGUUUCAUUUUAUCGUGUCCGUGUAUAAAUAUGUGACUUGACAGAGAGGACUUAAUUAUCGCAUACUCGUAGGAGUAGAAACCCCAAUUACAGACGGCGUUGAUUUUGUUGACGGAUACCGCACUCGUUUCUGUCAAAUAUCGAAGUUACUGCCGACGAAAGUUAAAUCAUGAGCACGCGCCCGCGCAUCUAUCUGACCCAGAAGAUACCGGAAGAAUGCGAGGGAUGGCGUCUACUCAGGGAAUCGUGUGACGUCAAGGUUUACGACGAAAUCGAAACUGGUCACAUGAUAGUACCUCGUGACCAGUUACUGCGGGACGUCCGCGGUGUGGAUGCACUUUAUUUGGCAUUGCCGGUGCAGGUCGAUGCGGAACUUCUCGACGCCGCUGGCCCGCAGUUGAAGGUAAUAGCUACCAAGUCCGUCGGCUUGAACCACAUUGAUUUGGCAGAGUGCGCCCGACGGAAUAUCCCAGUUGGCUAUACACCGGAUGUGCUUACCGACGCGGUCGCCGAAGCAACUAUCGCUCUGACUUUGGCAACAGCUAGAAGACAUAAAGAAGGUAUCCAAGCGGUUCACGGCGGCCAGUGGGGCAAAACCUGGGAAAGUUCUCUGUACCUCUGUGGCAAGGACAUCUGCAACUCAGUCGUCGGCAUUGUCGGCCUCGGGCGCAUAGGACUCGGCGUUGCCAAGCGACUGCGCGCGUUCGGGAUAAGUCGUCUGCUGUACUGCGGGCGCGCAUCAAAACCGCAUGCAGCAGAGGUGAAUGGUGAAUAUGUUUCGUUCGAUGAACUAUUGAAAAUGUCCGAUUUUGUUAUUGCGUGUUGCUCAAUCACCCCGGAGAACCAUCAUUUAUUUAACGCGGAUGCGUUUGGAAAGAUGAAGAAAUCGGCCAUUUUUAUCAACGCGUCACGUGGUAUCCUUGUUGACCAAGAUGCGCUCUACGUUGCGCUUGCUUCCGGACAGAUUUUUGCAGCGGGCCUGGACGUUACGACUCCUGAACCACUUCCGCCGGACCACAGACUGCUGACGCUACCAAACUGCACUGUACACCCACACCUGGGUAGCGCUACUGUUACGGCCCGGCACGCUAUGGCGGACCUGUCUGCUCGCAAUGCAUUGGCCGGUUUGAGAGGAGAGCCACUUCCUGCGCCCGUUCCGCUGAUCUGAUGGAACACAAAUAUUCUUCUGUUUAAAAAUGUUUGAUUAAACAAUCAUGCUUGUUUAA